AAAAUAAGAAAGAGAGUCACUGAAGUAGUACAUUGACCAAGAAAAAAAGAAAAAAAAAAACUAGGCAUUGAAUUCCUUGUAUACUUAGCUGUUUUCCCAUAUUUUCUCACCGAUCAAAGGAAUUAAUAACCCCACCUCCCUUCCACUUCCGCCUACUGUCACCUCUAAAAUAAAUCAUACUUGCAACUCCAUUUUUAUCCAUUUUGCAGUUUUUUUUUUCAGCAAAAUAUUUUCCGGGUCUUGUUCAAUUUAUUGAAUAAACUCUGGGUUUUGUUCAAAAUUGAGUGUUAAUUUCUAGGUUUUCAAAAGUGGAUUUUAAGUUCUGGAUUUUGUUCAAAAUUGAAUUUUAAGUUCUGGCUUUUGUUCAAAAUUGAGUUUUAAUUUCUGGGUUUUGUUCAAAAUUGAAUUUUAAGUUCUGGAUUUUGUUCAAAAUUGAGUUUUAAUUUCUGGGUUUUGUUAAAGAUUGAAUUUUAGUUUCUGGGUUUGUUAAAAUUGAAUUUUGGGAAAUGGGUAAUAGAUUUAUUUGCAUGAAUAAGAAGGAUAUAAGAGAAAGUAGGAAAAAUGGAAUUGGGUCAAGGAGUGCGAGGAUGGAAAGAUCAAAGAGGAGGUCAUUAUUGGAAGAGGAGUUGCUUCACAGACAAGCUUUGUCUCUGGCAAUUCAGCAACAUCAACAGUCGCUGUCUCAAAGAUUUGAUGGGUCAAUUUCUAAGCGUAUUGGAUCUACUAGCUCUCGUCGUCGCAGUGAUUUGCCCCAACAGCUACCCAAUUCCAAACAGUUACCAGAAUUUUUGGAGAACAUCAAAACAAAGAAGAUUGUUUUGAUACAUGGAGAAGGAUUUGGAGCUUGGUGUUGGUACAAAACAAUUGCUCUGUUGGAGGAAACAGGAUUGAUCCCCACAGCCUUAGAUCUCACUGGAUCUGGUAUUGAUCUGACAAAUACAAAUAAUGUUACAACUCUAGUGGACUACUCAAAACCAUUAAUUGAUUAUCUGGAGAACUUGCCAGAGGAUGAAAAGGUAAUUUUGGUCGGUCACAGUGCUGGAGGUGCUUGUGUUUCCUAUGCCUUAGAGCAUUUCCCAGCUAAAGUUGCAAAAGCAGUAUUUCUUUGUGCCACGAUGAUAUCGGAUGGCCAGAGGCCUUUUGAUGUGUUUGCUGAAGAGCUGGGGUCUGCAGAGCUUUUCACUCAGGAGUCGAAGUUCUUAACUUAUGGGAAUGGUAAAGACAAACCUGCUACUGGCAUCAUGUUCGAGAAGGAGCAAAUGCACGGGCUAUAUUUCAAUCAGUCUCCUACAAAGGAUGUUGCUUUAGCAAUGGUUUCAAUGAGACCUAUUCCUCUUGGUCCGAUGAUGGACAAGCUAUCACUGACACCUGAAAAGUAUGGAACUAGUCGUAGAUUUUAUAUCCAGACAUUGGAUGAUCAUGCUCUUUCACCAGAUGUCCAAGAAAAGCUUGUGAGGGUAAACCCUCCUGAAGGAGUUUUCAAGAUCAAAGGCAGUGACCAUUCUCCAUUCUUCUCCAAGCCACAGUCGCUGCAUAAGAUUUUGGUUGAAAUUGCGCAGAUUCCAUAAUGUUAUUAAUUUGUCUGGGGAAGUUCUUUUCAUAGUGAGAAUGGCUUCAUUGAUUCUUGUGGAGGCUAUAUAAUCCAUGAGGUUGUUGGUUGUACAGGAGGAGAAUGACGGUGUAUUUUAUAUCCAUUUGGAAUAAUAGGUAUAUAGACAAUUUAACUUGA